UUAGCAGACCGAGGCUGACAACUCUGGCUGUAGAAAUUUUUUGCUGCUUGAACUAAAAGGAAGAAAAAAAAGAGUUUGUAAGGAAGGGGGAGAAAAAAAAAAAGGAAGAGAAAAAUUAAACACUAAGGAGAGAAAGCCUGGCAAAGCUUCAAAUGACUCUUUUGGAAGAAUGAUAGAAGUAGCUGUGGGCUCCCUGCCAUCCAACAUGUCUUUAGAGGAGAGUGCUGUUAAAGACACGGCUGAGAAUGAGACGGAUUGCUCUGAGGGACUGGAUCAGGUUGUCCUGGGGCGCAUUGCCAACCUACCUCUUGAUCCAUUCCCACCCAGGGACUUCAGAGGGAAGUUUAAAAAGAUGCGCCAUAAGAAGAGGCCCACCAUUCUUGAAACUUCACCCGUGGGGAACGGAUACAGUAAACCUCCCAUCCUUCCAGUCUGCUGUCCUCCGGGAGAGAAGGGUCCCCCAGCCAUGAUGCCCAUCAGCAUUGACCCGGAGAGCAAGCCGGGCGAGUACGUCCUCAAGAGCCUCUUUGCUAACUUCACCACCAUUUCUGAGCGCAAGAUCCGCAUCAUCAUGGCCGAGCCUCUGGAAAAGCCAUUAACGAAGUCAUUGCAAAGGGGAGAAGAUCCACAGUUUGACCAAAUGAUAAGCACCAUGAGUUCUUUGGCUGAGUACUGUCUGCCUUCCAUCCUGCGCACUUUGUUUGACUGGUACAAAAGACAGAAUGGACUAGAGGAGGAGUUGCACGAGUACCGUCCAAGAGCCAACACCAAGUCUAAAAAUGAUGAGCAGCAGAGAGAUUAUCUACUUGAAAGGAGGGAUUUGGCCAUCGACUUCAUCUUUUCUCUUGUCCUAAUAGAAGUUUUAAAACAGAUGCCGCUGCAUCCAGUCCUAGACAGUUUGGUCAAUGAAGUCAUUAACUUAGCCUUUAAGCACUUUAGAUACAAAGAGGGGUAUCAUGGUCCUAACACUGGCAACAUGCACACUGUAGCAGACCUCUAUGCUGAAGUCAUUGGAGUGUUAGCCCAGUCCAAGUUUCCUGCUGUGAAGAAGAAGUUUAUGACUGAGCUAAAAGAGCUGCGACAGAAGGAGCAGAGUCCAUAUGUAAUCCAGAGUACUAUUAGCCUCAUCAUGGGAGUCAAGUUCUUCCGAAUAAAGAUGUAUCCGGUGGAGGAUUUUGAAGCCUCUUUUCAGUUCAUGCAGGAUUGUGCCCAAUAUUUCCUGGAAGUCAAGGACAAGGACAUAAAGCAUGCCUUGGCUGGUCUGUUUGUUGAAAUUUUGGUCCCUGUUGCCGCAGCCGUGAAAAACGAGGUGAACGUACCCUGUCUGAAGAACUUUGUGGACAGCUUGUACGACACAACCCUGGACUUAUCCUCCAGAAAGAAACACUCACUGGCUUUUUACCCUUUAGUGACGUGUCUGCUGUGUGUCAGCCAGAAACAGUUCUUCCUCAACAGAUGGCAUGUCUUCCUUAACAACUGCCUCUCAAAUCUAAAGAGUCGAGACCCUAAAAUGGCUCGCGUCGCCCUUGAGUCUUUGUAUCGGCUGCUCUGGGUCUACAUGAUCCGAAUUAAGUGUGAGAGCAACACAGCAACACAGGGCCGCCUGAACACCAUUAUCACAACACUUUUUCCCAAAGGAUCCCGCAGCGUGGUACCAAGAGACAUGCCCCUCAAUAUCUUUGUCAAAAUCAUCCAGUUUAUUGCACAGGAAAGACUUGAUUUUGCCAUGAAAGAGAUUAUCUUUGACCUCCUUUGUGUAGGGAAACCUGCAAAAGCCUUUAGUCUUAAUCCAGAGAGAAUGAAUAUUGGUCUGAGAGCAUUCCUGGUCAUAGCUGACAAGCUGCAGCAGAAGGACGGCGAGCCCCCCAUGCCUAACACUGGUUGCACUUUGCCCUCUGGGAACACACUCCGAGUAAAGAAGACAUACCUGAGCAAAACGCUGACAGACGAUGAGGCCAAAGUCAUCGGAAUGUCGCAGUAUUAUUUUCAUGUAAGAAAGGCUAUUGACAACAUCCUCAGACACCUGGAUAAAGAAGUUGGACGCUGCAUGAUGAUGACUAACGCACAAAUGUUGAAUAAGGAACCUGAGGACAUGAUCACAGGUGAAAGGAAGCCCAAAAUUGACCUGUUCAGGACAUGUGUCGCUGCCAUUCCUCGUAUCCUCCCUGAUGGCAUGUCCAAACCAGAGCUCAUAGACCUGCUUUCUCGGCUAACUAUACACAUGGAUGAUGAGCUGCGACUCAUCGCCCAGAACUCUUUGCAAAGUCUGCUGGUGGAUUUCUCAGACUGGCGUGACGACGUCCUGUUUGGUUUUACUAACUUCCUCUUACGUGAGGUCCAAGACACCCACCAGGGAUUGUUAGACACAUCUCUCAAAUUGCUGCUGCAACUGCUCACCCAGUGGAAACUUGCGCUGGCAGUCCCAGGAAAGACCAGCGACACUGCUAAGAUACACACUGCAGAGCUGCUGCAACAAACAAGCUCCAGUCUAAAGAUCCCUGCAGAACGAGGUCCUCAUUCCACGGUACUUCAUGCUGUGGAGGGUUUAGCACUCGUACUGCUCUGCUCCUGUCAGCUGAGCACUCGCAGACUAUCCAUCGCCAUCCUCAAGGAGAUACGUAGUCUCUUUAUGACCAUCGGACAGUCUGAGGAUGAUGAUAAACCCAUGAUAGAGAUGAUGGACCAGCUGAGUCCAGUAAUCCUGGAAAGUUUUGUCAAUGUGGCAGUCUCCGACACAGCUUCCAUACCAGCUGGACACCACGUGGACCUUCAGUGGCUCGUGGAGUGGAAUGCACUGCUCGUCAACAGUCACUAUGACAUUCGGAGCCCGUCGCAUGUGUGGAUAUUUGCGCAGUCUGUGAAGGACCCCUGGGUGCUGUGUGUUUACAGCCUCCUCCGACAGGACAACCUGCCCAAACACUGCCCCACCGCCCUCAGCUACGCCUGGCCCUACGCCUUCACCAGAAUGCAGACGCUCAUGCCCCUGGUAGACCCAAAUAAUCCAGUAUAUGCAAAGAAGACCAGCACUUCUGGCAGUGGGGACAAUUACAUAACCCUGUGGAGGAACUAUCUGAUCCUUUGCUUUGGGGUGGCCAAGCCCAGUAUCAUGAGCCCUGGCCAUCUGAGAGCGUCGACACCUGAGAUCACGGCCGCCACGCCUGACAGCGGUGUCAGCUACGAUAACAAGGUUAUCGGAAGCCCAUCUGUGGCAUGGCUGCUGAAGCAAUUGGUUCCACUGAUGAGGGCGGAGAGCAUCGAGCUGACAGAAUCAUUAGUUCUGGGCUUUGGUCGCACCAACUCUCUUGUUUUCAGGGAACUUGUGGAAGAGCUACAUCCACUGAUGAAAGAAGCAUUAGAAAGAAGACCUGAGAAUAAGAAGCGACGGGAGCGGAGGGAUCUCCUGAGAUUGCAGCUUUUGCGAAUCUUUGAGUUGCUGGGUGAUGCAGGCGUCAUCAGUGACAGUACAAACGGAGCUCUAGAACGUGACACCCUCGCCCUGGGCGCUUUGUUCCUGGAGUAUGUGGACCUAACCCGGAUGCUUCUGGAAGCAGAGAACGACAAAGACGCAGAAAUCCUCAAGGACAUUCGAGCUCAUUUCAGUGCCAUGGUAGCCAAUCUCAUCCAGUGUGUACCAGUGCACCACAGACGCUUCCUGUUUCCACAGCAGAGCCUGAGGCAUCACCUCUUCAUCCUCUUCAGUCAGUGGGCUGGUCCUUUCAGCAUCAUGUUCACCCCUCUGGACCGCUACAGUGACCGGAAUCACCAGAUCACAAGAUAUCAAUAUUGUGCCCUGAAGGCGAUGUCUGCUGUUCUGUGCUGUGGACCGGUGUUUGAUAAUGUUGGCCUCUCUCCAGAUGGAUACCUCUAUAAGUGGCUAGAUAACAUACUAGCCUGCCAGGAUCAGCGGGUCCACCAGCUUGGCUGUGAAGUAGUCAUCCUACUCCUGGAGCUCAAUGCUGACCAGGUCAACCUUUUCAACUGGGCUGUGGAUCGCUGCUACACAGGCUCCUACCAGCUGGCCUCAGGCUGCUUCAAGGCCAUUGCAACAGUUUGUGGCAGCAGAAACUACCCGAGUGACAUCGUGACGCUGCUAAAUCUGGUGCUCUUUAAAGCAUCAGACACCAACAGAGAAAUCUAUGAGAUUUCGAUGCAGCUGAUGCAGAUCCUUGAAGCUAAGUUGUUCAUAUACUCGAAGAGGAUUGCAGAGCAGAAGCCAAACAGUAUCCUCUAUGGCACUCAUGGUCCACUGCCACCUCUGUACAGCGUGUCCCUGCCUCAGCUCUCCAGCCAGCUGGCAAGGAUGUACCCUGAACUUACACUUCCUCUGUUCUCAGAGGUUAGCCAGAGGUUCCCCACCACCCAUUCCAACGGGAGGCAGAUCAUGCUGGCCUACCUCCUCCCCUGGCUCAGUAACAUUGAGUUGGUGGAUAGCGGCCUGCUGCUGCCAGUUUUCACACCGUCCAUCUCGGAUUAUGAUCCUCCUACCCGGACGACUAGUACCGUCUCAAACCAUCAGCUGAAGGGCACAGGCUGGGGCUCCCUUCAAGCAACGUCCAUGGUUCUCAAUAAUCUCAUGUUCAUGACUGCAAAGUAUGGAGAUGACUUGCCUGGACCAGAGAUGGAAAAUGCCUGGAAUGCUUUAGUCAGCAAUGAUAAGUGGACCAACAAUCUGAGAACCACUCUACAGUUUCUCACCAGCCUAUGUGGAGUCAGCAGCGACACCAACCUUCUGCCAUAUAUCAAGAAAGUAGUCAUCUAUUUGUGCCGAAACAACACCAUGCAGACAAUGGAGGAGUUGAUAUUUGAGUUACAGCAAACAGAUCCAGUCAACCCUGUUGUGCAGCACUGUGAUAGUCCUCCUUUCUAUCGAUUCACCGCCACAAGUAAAAUUUCCACUGCAGCUUCAGGCACCACAUCGAGCAGCAAUACCGUCGUUGCAGGCCAGGAUAGUUUUCCUGACACAGAUGACACCAAAACCGCAAAGGAGAAUGAGGAGCGGCUUAGCCACAUAAUGCGAGCCCACAAUCGUCUAGAAUCACGUUACAGCAACAGCUCCGGAGGAUCUUAUGAUGAAGAUAAGAGUGAACCUCUACCACCGUAUGCUGACUGGCUGGUGAUUGUCAGUGAAACCAACCAGCCCCAUCCUCUGCCUAUGCCCCUGAAUGGAGGAUGCUGGGCUCCACUGGUGGACUACUUGCCAGAGACCAUCACUCCGAGGGGACCACUGCACAGGUGUAACAUCGCCGUCAUCUUUAUGACAGAGAUGGUUGUGGACCACAGUGUGAGAGAAGACUGGGCCAUGCACCUUCCUCUACUGCUCCAUGCUCUGUUUUUGGGUAUGGAUCACUACCGUCCAGAGGUGUUUGAGCACAGCAACCGGCUUCUUCUUCACUUGCUCAUCACGUUAUGCUGUAACAACAACUUCCAGUCCAUCGCCUCAGUCCUCCUGCAGACACGAGAGCUCAAUGGCACGAAGACCCUGACCUGCAAACCAAGCCUUCAACCUGAUAAUUUAUCCUCAGGAGGAGGUUUAGACUUCCUGCGGGAGUGUCAGGCAUCUCCGGUGCCGGACUCUGGUCUGAGUUCUUCUUCCACGUCCUCCAGUCUGAGCCUGGGGGGCAGCAGUAGUAAUCUGCCUGAGAUCUCACAGGAGGUGGAGGAGCUGGUGACCUCCAGUAAAAUGGAUGAGAAGACAAACAAGCUCAUUGAAUUUUUAACCACAAGAGCUUAUGGACCGCUGUGGUGCCAUGAAGACAUUUCACCAAAGAACCAGAUUUCAAAGAGCACCGUGCAGCUGACAAACUUUCUACGACAUGUGGUGUCUGUGUUCCAAGAGUCCAAAUCAGAUUUCCACUUGGAGCAGCAUAUCAGUGACGCGGCUCUGCAGACGGCGCUGUGUAGUUCAUCACGUCACUACGCCGGCCGUUCCUUCCAAGUGUUCCGAGCCCUCCGUCAACCCAUCUCGGCCCACGCUGUGUCUGACCUGCUGUCAAGGCUGGUGGAAGUAGUUGGAGAACAUGGGGAAGAAGUACAGGGCUAUGUGAUGGAAGUCUUACUAACACUUGAAUCUGUGGUGGAUAAUUUGGCUGAAUGUCUGAAGAACAAUGACCUCAUGGCGAUUUUGACAAGGGCCUCAUCUCCAGAUUUCAUGACCACACUGAAGCUUGUGUCCAACAGAAAAAGCACAGGGCAGCUCAACCUUAGACGAGAAGACAGGACUCGACACCAGAGGAGCUCAUCUGUCCCCAAAAAGUUUGGUGAGACAGACAGGUCAUCCGACCCGCCUCGUAGUGCUACUUUGGACCGUAUCCAGGCCUGCGAACAACAGAUGUUACUAGCCAAAGCCCGCAGCCAAGCAUUAUCUAAAGAUAACAUCACAGACCCAACCAACAUCAACCACCCAAGCAACCUGCUGGCCACUAUCUUCUGGGUGGCGGUGUCACUGAUGGAGUCGGACUUUGAGUUUGAGUAUCAGAUGUCUUUGAGGCUGCUGAAUAAGCUGCUGGGCCACAUGUCGCUGGACAAACAGGAGAACAGAGAGAAGCUGGAGAAACUGCAGAGCCAGCUGAAAUGGAGCAGCUUUAGCGGGCUUCAACAGCUGCUGCUAAAGGGCUUCACCUCUUUGUCCACCACUGACCUCACACUCCAACUCUUCUGCCAACUCACUGCUGUGUCACGAGUGCCUGUUGUGGAUACUUCACAAGCCAUAGGUUUUCCCUUGAACGUCCUCUGCCUACUUCCACAUCUCGUGCAGAACUUCGAUGGCCCCACGCCAUUCUGUCAAGAUGUUGCUGAAAGAAUAGCACAGGUAUGCCUUGAGGAGAAGAACACCAAGCUCUCCAACCUGGCUCAUGUCAUGACGUUGUAUAAAACACACUCCUACACACGAGACUGCUUCUCUUGGGUGAACGUUGUGUGCCGAUACCUUCACGAAGCCUUCUCAGAUAUCACCCUUAACCUGGUCACAUACAUGGCUGAGUUGUUGGAGAAAGGGCUCCCUAGUAUGCAGCAGACGCUUUUACAAAUCAUCUACAGCCUCCUGAGUCACAUGGACCUGAGUGGAAUUCAAGCCAAACCUUUCAACAUGGAGGUCCUCAAGACAAUUGAGAAAUUUGUUCAGACUAUCCACUGGAGGGAAGCGCUGAAUAUUCUGAAGCUGGUGGUUUCUCGAUCGGCCAGUUUAGUACAGCCUUCAAUGCCACAAAGUGACCUCUCCUAUGAGGACGUCAGCCGAGUCUGGGACCGCUCCUCCAAGGCCUUGCCUGGGAAAACACUGGACUUCCACUUUGACAUAUCUGAGACACCAGUGAUUGGUCGGCGUUACGAUGACCUUCAUGGCUCUCCGGGCCAAGAUGGAAAAAGCAGGACGAUAGCAGUGACCCGCAGUACCUCCUCUACCUCCUCUGGAUCUACGUCAAACAAUGUCCUGGUGCCAGUCAGCUGGAAAAGGCCUCAGUCCUCACAAAAAAGAACACGAGAGAAGCUUGUGAAUGUGUUAUCUCUGUGUGGACAAGAAGUGGGGCUCACAAAAAAUCCUUCAGUUAUUUUCUCCAGCUGUGGGGAACUUGACCUCAUGGAACACCAGCCGAGCCUGGUGUCCUCUGAUGACGGGACCCGGGAACCAGAAAACACCGACGACAACACCUCAGAGCAGCAGUUCAGAGUGUUUAGAGACUUUGACUUCCUGGAUGUGGAGCUUGAAGAUGGAGAGGAGCUACAGGGAGAGACUAUGGACAACUUUAACUGGGGAGUACGCAGACGUUCCAUGGAUAGUCUGGACCAGAGUGACAUGCAGCCUCUGGAGGAGAGCCAGCUGUCCAGUAGCAUGCCCAGCCUCAGCAAGAUCAUCCACGAGGACUCCGACGAUUCAUCUGAGGAGGAUUCCCUCACUGCUAGCCAGAUACUGUCCCACUCACAGCUUAUCGUCAACAUCUCUCCAACAGCAGAGAUCAAUAGCACGGACUCCCCAGCUGCAUUUUUUGAUACAACUUCAGCUGAGUCCACUCCCCUGAACACCAAAAAGCCAAGUUUCGAGGUCCAAGUGCCUGAAGACUCGAAGCAGCGGCUCGAGGUGUCUGAAGUAGAUGAAGACGCUAACGGUCAUGAGGAUGAAAUUUCUCUUUCAAUCACCGAACUUCCCCCUGAAUUUCACUGUGGUGACAGUCUGACAGCAGACAUAGUCCACUGUGAUUACAAAGGAGAACUGGAUCUGGACAGCUGCCUACCCAGUCUCGCUGAAGAGGAGAGAGAUGACAUGCUGGAGUGUCGUUCUUCACCGCCGCCUUCUCCUUUCUUCUCCGCCAUUCUUGCGGCUUUCCAACCAGCGGCGUGCGACGAUGCAGAAGAAGCUUGGAGAAGUCACAUCAACCAGCUGGUCUGUGACUCCGACGGAUCCUGUGCAGUCUACACUUUCCAUGUGUUUUCUUCAUUAUUUCAGAGUAUCCAGACCAGAUUUUGCUCCAUUACAUGUGAUGCUGUUAGUUACCUCGGUGAUGGACUAAGGGGAAUAGGAUCAAAGUUUCUGAAGUCUUCUCAGAUGCUGACGACAUGCUCAGAGUGUCCAACACUAUUUAUUGAUGCAGACACAAUUAUGUCUUACGGCCUCCUGGAAAAAAUGAAAUUCAGUGUAUUGGAGCUUCAAGAAUAUCUUGAUACCUACAACAACAGAAAGGAGGCAGCUCUCACUUGGUUGAGCAAUUGUAAGACCACAUUUCCCAGGAGCACCGGAGGCACCGUAGUAACAUGUCAACCAGCAGAGCAUGAGGAAAAGCAAAUGGAAUCUCUGGCUCAACUGGAGCUCUGUCAAAGACUGUACAAACUCCACUUUCAGCUGUUGCUGCUCUUUCAGUCCUACUGUAAACUCAUUGAACAGGUCUAUGCCAUAAGCUCCAUUCCAGAGCUGACAAAUAUGUCCAGAGAGCUAAAUGAUUUGAGGAGCAACCUGAGGAUAUCAGCAGCCUCAUUGUCAAGUAAUGAGAGCUUCUGUUCUGAGCCCACCUUCAGCUCCUCCGAGGCUGCUGUGCAGGCUGUCCUGGAGGCUCUGAAAAACAAUGAGUUCUCAACAGCCAUACGCUAUAUCCGGGAGUGCAGAACACUGUGGCCUACUGACAUAUUUGGCAGCCAUUGUGAGGAUGAAGUCCAGACCUUACUGAACAUCUACUUCAGACAUCAAACCUUGGGUCAGACUGGAACUUUUGCUUUGGUGGGCUCAAAGCAGGACCUGACAGAAAUCUCAUCCAAGUUGACAGAGCUCAAUGGUGAGAUUCGGGACAUGAUCCGAAGAGCUCAGGGCUACCGAGCUAUCACAGCCUUUCUUCCAGACUCCAGGGUCUCAGGCUCAACUCUUUGAUAGCAGACUGGCACCAAGUCUCAUGCUCUCCCAUUCUCCGUCCCUUCCUCUGGUCUUCUGAGGUUGCUGCUAUCAUCUCAGUACUUAACAAGUGCUGUGCUCUCACCUGGGAAUACCCAACCUUCCUAUCCUUUCAGAACAUCAGAGUACACCAGAAUGUCACAGAUCUUCAGAUGUGCAGGGUUACUGCUGUUUUCUGAAAAAAUGAGAAACUUUGCUGUUGAAAGGAAACUUGCUGUUUAACGCUGUUAUUGCACUAAUAGAAACUGUCACAAAGUGACCAUUUUCUAAUGAGGUCACCAACUUUCACAUUUAACAAAUGACAUACCAAAGCGAAGUGAUUCUCUUUCAGUUAUGUUGUUUUAAUUGUUAAGGGAAAAUGUGCAAUCCUUCACGGAAGUUGAAGACCUUUACUGUAUCCUGAAGAAUGUAUUCAAAUAUCACAACAUUGGUUCAAAAGGAAAUUCUUAGUACAGAAUAAGGGAGGCUUUAUUACUUGGUUGAAGUAGUGGGUCUUUUUGUGUGUGUAUGUUUGUGUGGGAGUAGGUGUGUGUUGUGUACUGGAGUGUGUGAAUUUCAACCUGACGACCAUCGUAGAUGGAAAUAUGGAUCCGGAUUUAUAAAAAUUGUUCAUAUUAAACUACUUUCACAUGCUGCAAAACUACUGUAAUGUCUCCCAAGCCUACCAGCUAAUAUGUAGGUUAUCUGUUACUUAAAACAUCUUACUGUACCUUUUAACUGUGCAGCUUUUAGCAGAUAGAAAAAAUAGAUUUAUAUUGUUUGCUAAAGAAAAAUGCUUUCAUCAGAAAUACAUUUAAUAAAGCAAAUAUUUUAUUGAAUUGGUUUAACCUGCCAGCAUUGCAAACUGUAUGUACUAUAAAUGUAAUAGUAAAUGUUUAUGAACAAAUACAUAAAGAUAUUUAAAGUGAAUAAUUGUACAUAGUGCAAUGGGGGCUUUGCUCAGACUCAUCAGAUUGUAUUUUUAUGAACUCACACCUUGAGUUGCAAGUGGAGUAAAAGAAAAUUUACUCUACAAGCUACUUAUUUGUAAAGCUUCCAGAAGAACUAUUUGUGUAGCAUUUAGCCUUGUAAAUACUACUGCCUUUGCAAUGUACUGUACUUUGUUGUUCUGUACAUUUAUGUAACAAUGAAAAUAAAACUUACAUUUGUUAACUA